AGAAGAAGCAGAAGCAGAAGCGGAGCGGAGCGACGGACAGAAAACUGCUCUGCUGCACCGGGAGAGACUCUACUGGUCUCUACUGGACUCUAUUGGUCUCUACUGGACUCUACUGGACUCUAUUGGUCUCUACUGGUCUCUACUGGUCUCUGCUGGACUCUACUGGUCUCUGCUGGACUCUACUGGUCUGUGAGCUGGUCCUGGAUCAGAUGCCUGGCUUUGAGUUCGGAGGUUCGGAGACACAGAAAUGAGCCGCGCAGGCGCAGAACUUAGGAUCAUUUUCAGCCCGGGCCGCGUGCAGCUGGUUCAGGAGGAGGCUAUGGUCCCUGCUCCGAGGGUCUUGGUUACUGGGGCAACGGGUCUUCUGGGUCGAGCUGUCUGCACAGAGUUUCAGAACAGCGGCUGGUUAGUUAUCGGGACUGGAUACAGGAGGGCCAGACCCCGCCUCCUACGCUGUGACCUUACAGAUGAGGACGCCGUCAAAAGAUUGCUGCACGAAUACAAGCCUGAUGUGAUCGUCCACUGUGCAGCUGAGAGACGUCCGGAUGUUGUGGAGAGACACACUGAAGCAGCUGUUAAUCUCAAUGUACACGCCACAAGCAUGCUUGCCAAGGAGGCAGCUGGCUGCAGGGCGUUCUUCCUCUACAUAAGCACUGACUACGUGUUCGAUGGGAGGAAUCCUCCUUACGGAGAAGACGACAGUCCGAAUCCUCUCAACGUUUAUGGACGCAGCAAACUGGAGGGAGAGAGAGAGACACUCAGACACUGUCCAGGUGCGGUGGUUCUGCGGGUGCCAGUUCUGUUCGGGGAGGUGGAGUCGGUGUCUGAAAGCGCAGUGACAUCACUGUGGCUCAAAGUCCAGGAGACGACGGAGAGCUGCACUCUGGAUCACUGCCAGCAGAGGUUCCCCACCGACAGUCGGGACGUCGCCACUGUGUGCAGGAAGCUGGCCGAGAGAGCCAGACAGGACCCAUCUAUCAGAGGGAUUUUUCAUUUCUCAGCUAAAGAGCAGAUGACCAAAUAUGAGAUGGCCAUAGCGAUCGCCCAGGCCUUCAACCUGCCGUCCAACCACCUCAUACCUCUGACGGAGCAACCAGCGUCUGCGUCAGCUCUUCGUCCAAUCAACAGUCAUUUAAAUUGUUCCCGUCUGGAGCUGCUGAACCUGAGUGUCCAACCGCGACCUUUCACCUCCGCCAUCAAUGACUGUCUGUGGCCCUUCACACCGGACAAACUGUGGAGACAGACAGUCUUCCACUGAGAGACAAACAGGUAGAAAGUUCCACCAUCGACUGUUUUUAGCUGUGUCACAUUUGAGGCUCUGCCCCCUGCAGACUGAUGACAUCAUAAUAAAUGUAUGAGGUGUGGACCAAUCCAGACUCUUUACCUGAUGACAGAAACCAUCUGUCCUACGUAUCCCACAAUCCUCUGAGUCAGCUGUGUAAUGAUGCGUUUGAGUGCUCUCAUAAACCUGUAAGUUUAUUAACUGAUGAUGUCAUCGGGUUUCUUUCCUGUAGUGGACCAAUGAAAACACACUGAUGUCACACAUUUACUGUCUGCCUGCUAAUUCAGUUGUCAUUAGCCACGCCCAGCUGUGUGGGUGGAGCCUGAGGUGAGACACAUGACAAAGAGCGAGACAUACAGGUGGACUGACAAACCUGUACAGAUAUUUACAGUAUAUGUAGUAAUAGUCAUUAAACCCAGAGUUCUGUCUGCAGGUUAUUAUCAGAUUGUUGUUGGUUUGUAAUCUGACCGAGACAAACAGAUUUACUGUAUACACUUCAGUGUGUGUGUGUGUCAUUUAAUGUAAUGUCUGAAAAUGAGAAAUGUGAUUUUCUUGUAUUUGAUGUAAAUGUCUGUCAACUGUUCACAUUAAACAUCUCAAACCUGAA